UCUAAAGAACAAAGGUAGAAAAAUUCUUACAUAGUAUCAGUUACAUAUAUUUUGAGAAUAAGAACGACAAAAUCUCAACGAUGUAAGUGGGCUGUAUCAAAAGGUAAGAUCAAGCAGCGAUCAUAGAAAACUUGGAAAAGUAAAUAAGCAAAAAAUUUCUAUUAUAUUAUAUCUCUUUCUGUAAAUCAUCUUUCAACACCGUCACAAGACAGUGAUUUUUACAAGUUUCUAUAUUGAUGUAAUCGCAGUUUCGAAAGAAUAAUGGACGUAUAUGUACAGUAUUGUACAGUCUACAUCAGACUUUAUAUAAAUAUUUUUGGACCAAAUAUAUCAAGAAAAUAUUUUAAUAUAAAGCUAACAAGAAAUAUUAUUUCGGAAAAAAAAUAAUAUUAAUUAAGGCAAAUUAAAAAUCAUAAUUUUGUCUACAAAUAUAAUUACUAUCAAACGACGACUAUUAAAGAAAUCUUAAUCUCCAAUGUUUAAUGCGACGCGAGCUUUAUCGGAACAAUUCAAUUGUUUCGGAAGAUGCAGAAGGAAUGUGUGGGUGACAAGACGGACAUCCGCAGCAUCCGCGGGUGGGGAAGGAGAGAACCGGGUGGUCGUCCGCGUGGGUCGAUUCAUCGUGGCAUUUCGACGCGGAAGGGUGGAGGGCGUCUGCAUCGCGAGGAUGCCGGGGAGAGAAAGCGAGAAAGAGAUUCCAAGGGCGAACAUCGGCCAGUAACGAGUCGAGGGACGCGGGCGUCGCGUUGCAGGCGUCGCCCUGGGCGCCGCCGCCGCCGUCCAAGAGCAGAUGGAGUCGACCCGCGUGCCCCGGGGCCCCGCUUCGCGCCUCGUCUUCCUCUUCGUCACCCUCGUGCUGACCGUCGCAGCAACGGGGCUCCUGUGCGCCGCGAUAAUGUCCGACCACUGGGAAGAGAUCUACUGGGACAAGAAAGAUCUCAUUCACGUGAACGUCAACCUCACGUGGUAUCUGAAUGAUCAGGUGGCGAGGCUAGAGUCUUCCGUUAAUCAUCGAAAUAAACAUCGUGUCGCCAAAAGUUCGUCCUUCCUAGUUUCCAUGCACGGCGGGAUUUGGAUUAUGUGUGUUUCAUUGUCAGAGGAAGAGAUACAGCUGUUAAGUCAGGUGGGUUUCCCACAAAAAAGAUGCGUCAAUUACUUGAGGCCGAGUGAGGCACACGAGGAGACGCGCGGAGCUUGGCAAAAUCGAAUGCAAAAUCUGAGUAUCUCGUGCUCCCUAGUGUGCCUAAUCAUUUUAGGAUGCGCUGCACUAAUAGGAUUUUUCGGGUUGUGUAGGCAUCAAUUAUCGGCCGUGCUCGUGACAGGAGUGAUGUACCUCCUUGCAGCAACAUUCGCGCUGUUCACGCUCACGAUCAUCUACUUCAAGAGAGUCCAGGAUCGCGGGACCAAAUCAAUAACGGAUGGGCUUGAGGACGGCGUGAUCGGUAUGCCCGUUCCCCACAGUGUUCUCAAGGCCAGGAGAGUCACCACCGCGUGGAGCAUGGAUCUGGGAUGGGGCGGGGUCACCCUCUGUGCCCUCGCAUCGGUAACCUGGCUCGUCCUUAGUAAAAUCAUGCGCUUCAGUCCGAUCGCUGCCAUGAUAGCGUAGCAAUGGGACGCCUUCGAGGUCUAAGGUCGUUUCUGAGAGUCACGACGUUUCAAUUGUUCUGCGCUCCUUUCGGGUAACGUCGAAACACUUUCCUGAUCGAUCAAAUUGGCGCAAGAGAUUUGUUUCACAAUCAAGUUGUGCUGUAAUCCCCUAUAUAUUUUUAAACGUAUUUCGAAACCGCGCGGUUUCUUUUCUAACUUUACUUAGACAAUACGACAAACUGUUUGCACCAACUUAAUAAAUCUCGAGUGUUUAUCUCCUGCUAGAAUAUCACUAGAUUCCAAGAGUAUGAAUCUCCGAGAUUUAGGAUAUUCUAUGCCUACAGGAACUGAAACGGAUCCUUGAAAAGGAGUGUAAACUGUAACAGUUACAGGUGAUUAUUGAGGAAGUAGAGUCCAGAAAUGACCAUCUCGAAGGCGAUCUCGAAGGUACCUAUUUUAUAAUUUAUCUCGUUUGUAUAAAUAUUCUAAAUGAGGGAACGUGAGUUUGUCAAAAAGACAAAAAGCUUUCGAUUGAAGCUUAAAACUGAUCAAUUGAUCGUAGAAUUGCUUGAUGCCAGUUUGACAAUUUACAUUUUUCUGUAUUCAUUUUAUUUACAGCAACUAAACAAGCUCGCUACCGAGAAACAUAAAACGAACAUGUCCAUAAUAACGAGAACAAGAGCGAAAAAGUGUAAUAAUUCUCUGAUACGUAGAUGCCUAUAACAUAAUCCAAACGCCUUAUGAGUAGAACAAUAAGCAUGUUUGUAAAAUAAAAAUGUUAGUGGUACAGGAACGAGGCAUAUACAAGAGAGCAUAACAAACUUUCCAUAUAUAUAUAUAUAUAUAUAUAUAUAUAUAUAUAUAUAUAUAUAUAUAAUAUAAAUUUUGUAAUAUUCUUCUUGAGAAUUAUGCGAUUGUUAGUUUAUACAAUUUACUUGUACAAUUUUGAUGCUCUAAAAAAUCAAUCUGCAUCACGCCUUAAAUAUCUCGAUCUAUAUGCGGCAUAAACUUUUCUUUAGCCGAAGAGAAGCUUGCUUUUGCUACAACUUGUUCUAGCGAUUAGGGGAUGUAUUUAUGCACAGUGAAUAUUCUGCAUGAGAGGAUCACGAAAUGCCUUUCGUCCAAUAAAAGCUAUAAGAAUCUUCCAGCCUGUUCUUUUCAACUGAACAAUUCGCAUUUGAAAUGAGGCAAUCAAUAGCUUGGAAAGAGGAAGAAUGAAUGACCAGUGUAGACUAGGUACAGCUAAGAAAAAGAAAAAGAAAAAAAAACAAGUCUUUUGUCACUCGAUGUGCCUUUGUGAGAGGCGUAGCAUUUUUCUAACGACGCAUUCUCCAUUAUUCAUAUUUUUUUAAGUGAUUUUUGCUGUUUGUUGCUUAUUGAAAUUGAUCGCAAUAAAAAUACUGCAAGAAA